GUUGCUUCUAUAUAUAGCCUCAUGAUAGAUUCAAGUUUCUCAACAACAAAUCAAACCUCAAUUCACUUCACUUCACAAACCUUUAGCCAUCACAACUUCUUUCGUCUCCACUAAAAGAUUCAAAUCUUGACAUUUAACCAAACAUACAAUUUCUUGAAGUUGUUUAAACAUGGAUGUGGCGAUGAAGUUGGGAGCGUCAAGCGCGGUGGUGAUAUUCACCAAGAGUAGUUGUUGCAUUUCUCAUACCAUCGAGACCCUAAUUCGUAGUUUUGGUGCAAACCCUACAGUUUAUGAGCUCGAUACACAUCCAAAUGGGAAGCAAAUGGAGAAGGCACUGAUAGAACUAGGGUGUCAACCAAGUGUACCAGCAAUCUUUAUAGGGAAAGAGUUAGUUGGUGGUGCAAAUGAGAUAAUGAGCCUUAAUGUGAGGGGAAAGCUUAAACAAUUGCUCAUUAGGGCUAAUGCAAUUUGGGUAUAGAGUAAAUCAAUAAUGACUAGCUAUAUAUAGCAAGUCUAGGAGGUUUGACAAUAAAUUUAUUAUUACAUAAGAGAAUCAUUUUGUUUCCUCUCACAUGUUGCUUCUUGAUGUAUAAAUAAAUAAAAGUUAAUACUUUGGCCA